CGCACGCAAGACUUCCGUCUUCGUCAUUCCUGCUGUGCCGUAGAAGUCCGGCCAGGCCUGGUCGCUCUAGUCCCACUCCCUGCUAUCUUCUAUGGUUGGGGGAGGAGCCGGAGGUGUUAGAGCCGCGGCGGGGCGGCGCGCAUGCGCGGCGCGGGAGGCGGAGGCGGGGGAAAAUGGCGGACGGCAGAGCGGAGGGGCCGAAGGCGAAGCGGCCGCAGCCCGGAGGAGUAAUGGAGGGGAAAGUUCGAGUCGCAGCGCAGAGAAACGAGCAGCUAAUGAAGAAGCUGAAGACUUCACUGCAAAGCCUGCUCCUGCCAAAAUGUCCAAGUUUGGAUUUUCCAUAGGCAGUCAGACAACAAAGAAGGCAUCCGCAAUAUCCAUCAAACUAGGAGCAAAUAAGCCUAAAGAGCCUGUUCCAACCCUCGCUCCAAAAACCCUUUCUGUAGCAGCAGCUUUCAAUGAAGAUGAGGAUAGUGAACCAGAAGAAAUGCCUCCAGAAGCCAAGAUGCGUAUGAAGAACAUUGGAAGGGAUACACCAACCUCAGCAGGACCAAAUUCCUUCAAUAAAGGAAAGCAUGGUUUUUCUGACAACCAGAAGCUAUGGGAACGAAAUAUAAAAUCUCAUCUUGGAAAUGUUCAUGACCACGAAAAUAACUAAGUGAUGUGCAUUGAGAUUUGGGUGUUUGGGGGGUGGGGAGGGUGUAACAUUAAAGGAACAGUUUCCUUUUUUAAGAAUGGUAUAAGACUAUCUUUGGAGCCGCUUUUUUAAGAUUUGAGUGGUACACUAAUAACUGAGUUUGAAAUUAGAGGUAAUUUAUGUUUUGUAUACAGAUUUCAAGGCAUUUGCUAAUUUUGUAGUUCCAUGUGAUUAGUUUCAAAAGGUUACAGAUAAUAAAGAAAUUGGAGUGGUACCUCUUCAAGAUUUUUUUUGAAAUUUUUUUUUGUCAGUGAUUAUUAAGGUGGAUGAAAAAGGUUACUGUCUCUUUAAUCAGGUUAAUGUUGAAUGCUUUCGCAUUCUCACUUCUGGCUCCCUCUUCGCUACAGGAGAAACAGUUGGCUCCUGAGAAUAUUGUUAAAGCAAGUGAGCAUUGUUUUGUGCUAGAAGUGUUACUGGACUAUUAGUUUGAAUAUAGACUUAAACAACAGAAAUAUUAAAAGCCUGGAAUUUUUUUCCCUACAGUCAUAUUUUGUUAAGUCUCUGCAAGCUAGGAAUUACGUUGCUCUGAGUGGCUCUGGUAACUUAGCUCUAGUUUUGUUUAAAACUUCAUGUAGCGUGUGUAACAUUCUGUGGCCUGUUUCGCUGUAGGAAAUGGGUCUUGUCUGUAUAUUAGAUACAACCUGUAAGGAAUAUGUCACUACAAAGGUAAACCUAAACAAGGUAUUUUCAGUGUGUUCCUCUUAAGUCAUUAGCAUUGAGUAGUGCUUGUUAGCAUUUCCUUGUGAAUUAAAUAGAGACUAAUACUAAAGGCAGUAAUAAUUGAUAUUUAAAAGCCACCACCAAAAAGACAAGAUGAUGUACAUUAAGCUUCCCGUUUGGUUGAAAUACUUCUCUUUACUAUGCCUAAAAGAAAUAAAAGCCACACCAAAAAAAAAUCAGUAACUCACAGCUUAAGUAUAAAAACUCUAAGAUGCACUUUCCCUCUCUUGCCAUUUAAAACAAAAUGCCUUGAUGCCUGUGGCUUCAAUGGACACUAUCAGGUUGGGGUUUUUUAUUAUUAUUUGUAGUGCUAAUAAUUCUAAUAAGUGUCAACUUCAGAAAUAAAGCUAGACCUUUUCCUGCCUUUCUGCCUUUUGCAAUAAUUUUGAGCAAUGACAUUAGUCUGGUCAGUUUAACUUCCUAGCUUUCGUACUGCAGAACAGUGCUGUAAGAAUUCGAACUUAGAAAGGCUGUCUGAAUUUCAGUCUAAGUUGGAUUUCAUAUUUGUAAAACUCUUACCAGAUCUGCUGGUAAAAUAUAGUUAACAAAAAUAACGGGGAGGGAAAAAAGAAAUGAAGUUUAUUUUAACGUUCAAGUACCUGAUAGUGUCUACAGUUAAAUUCAUUUCAGACUGGAAUUGGUUGUAGAAUUUCAUGUUAAUUGCUUUCAUUCUGCCUUUAAAACCUUUCUUCAUGCUAAAACUGAACCUGUGAGUGCGGAAAGGAAAGUGCAUCUUCAAGUGUAAUUUUUUUUUAUUUUAAGAAAGCUCUUACCACUUAGACUUUUGAGUUUGUAAGUUCUGAAAAGUAUUUUUUGUAUUUUUGUAUUGUAUGUGUAAUCUUUUUUCUUUUGAAGUCUGCAGUUGAAUACCUGUAACUAUUUUCUUUAAAAGCCUUGUUAUAAACAUAACAUAAAGACAUAUACUUUUUUUUGCAUAGCAGAAAUCUUUGAUUUGUAUAAACACUUUCAAAACUGAACGUCAGGAUUUUCAAAACUGACUUUGAUGUUAUUGGAGCCAGGCAAGGCAAAAUGAAGCAUCUGAUUUUCACUUAUUUU